AUGACGACCAAGCCGACAACACCCAUCUACCCCUGUCCCCUGUCUGGGCUCAGUUACGAGCGCUCGACGAGCCCCGUCCUGUCCAUCCCGGACGAGCUCAAGCCGGCCCUCUCCGCCGCCGCCGCGCACCUGAGGGCUGGACGCACCGUCGCCUUCCCGACCGAGACGGUGUAUGGCUUGGGUGCGCACUCGCUCGACCCCGACGCCGUCAAGCGCGUGUAUGCGAUCAAGCGCCGGCCGGCGGACAACCCGCUCAUCAUCCAUGUGGGCGGCAUGGACAUGCUGCGCCGCCUCGUGCCCGCGUCCUACGAGCUGAGCGAGCUCUACGCCGCGCUGACGGACACAUUCUGGCCCGGCCCCCUCACGCUGCUGUUCCCCUCGACGAACCCGAUUCGUAUGCCCGCGCACCCCCUCGCGCUUGCUCUGAUCCAGACUGCCGACCUCCCAGUCAGCGCGCCGAGCGCCAACUCCUCAGGCCGGCCUAGCCCCACACAAGCCCAGCACGUCAAGAACGACCUGGACGGGAGCGAGGGGCUCGGCUGCAUCCUGGACGGCGGGGCGUGCGGCGUCGGCGUCGAGAGCACGGUCGUUGACGGCCUCGCCUGGCGGAAGGGCGGGGGCGGGAGCGUCAAUGUCCUCCGUCCGGGAGGGUUGGGAGUGGAAGAUGUCGCUCGCGUAGUCCGCGCCGUUGACGAGAAGUAUGGUGGCUCGACGCAGAUCCUCCUGCACGGCCGGCCCUGGGUUCCCAACGCCAACGCGACCGAGCCAGCGCCGAAACCAAAGGACGACGCACCCCCCUCUACCCCCGGGAUGAAGUAUCGCCACUACUCGCCGCGGAUACCCGUGUUCCUCCUCUUGCCGUCGAAUGUGUUCCCGACCCGGCCUCGCAUCUCGCCCAGUGACUCCAGCGCUGCGUCCGUCGUCGCCGCCAUUCGCGCCAAGAACCCCCGUCUCGGCUUCCUCGGGUUUGAGGGCUCGCCGCUCUCCAAAGCCCUUGAGGGCGAUGCGGUAGCCGUCCGCCACUCGCUCGGCAAGGACGCCGCCAGCGCGGCCCAGAAUCUGUUCGGCGGCAUGCUCGCGCUCGAGCAGGAGGGCGUGGACGCCAUCCUCAUUGAGGGAUGCAGCGAUGAUGGCCUCGGCCUCGCCGUCAUGGAGCGCGCGGGCAAGGCCGUUGGCGGAGGCGGCGUGAGCGGCGCCCUCGGGCAGGGAGAGGGCGCGAGCGCCUCAGGCCGUCUCUGGGUGCAGGUGUAG